AGUUGCACAUAAACACUGUGGAACCGCCGGAAUACAAGUCACUAGCAACAUUACCUACAAAGCCACACAAGUCUCAAGAUGACAGGAGACAUUGAACUUGGCAAAACGAACGUCGUAGCGCCACAAGAAACCGAGAAUGGUGCAGUUAUUGAUAUAAAUGAUGAGGAGAAUGAAAUUUAUGAGAGUGAUAAAAAUGACGAAGCCGAGAAGGCCGAGGAAAGCCAGGAGAGCAUUAAAGCAGCUGAUAGCAACAUACAUGAUGACAACAACGAUGAUGACGAAGAAAAUACUCCUUUAGGCUAUUGUCGUUUCAUCGCCGAACAUUAUCGCUUCGCUUUUGGUAUGUUUAUAUUUUUUUAAAUAGCUCAUUAUUCGCGUAUAGCUCCCAACCGGGAAAAACAAUAAUGCACACGGCAUGCAUGAUGGCAGCAAUUAGGCUGCAGAAUAUUUAUUCGAACAAACCAAUCAUGAAAUUUAACUGGAAAUUUGUUUUAUUUAUAUCGUAGUCUUAUGUUGGUCACUAUAUACAUAAAUGAUGUGAUGUGUUAGGAGAAUAAGUGAAUAAAUGUCUUGCUAUAAACGUUAAAGUGUGGAUUAUAGUACAAAAUACAAAACACCAACUAUGCCUGUCUUUAUCCUAGUAUCAUGCCGAUUAAUAUAUCUGCCGUAGGGCUAUUGGAAAAUCCUGUUAAUUAAAAGUAUACGUUCGAACAUACGCUAUAAACUUUACGAGAGUUUUACAAUGAUUGCAUUUUGUGGAAUCACUACUGAUAGCGUAUUCUGAAUUUGAUACAGAUACGCCUUUAUAGCUACAGUAUAUCGUGUUGCCUUAGGGUAUUUGCCUUGUUAUUGUGUAUCCUUAAUCCUUUCAACUCAAAUAAAAGGACUAUUGCAUCUCGUUUGCCAGUCUGUUUUUUAUGUUUUCGAUAUUUAAGCUUCGCAUGGCUACACUUGAAUCAGUCUUAUAAUUAAUCUGUCGAUAUUAAAGACAUGAUAUACAUUAUGAUCUUCCGUUGAGAUACUGUGAGCUACUUAUUCCGUUCCGCUUGGCGUGUGCACGGCAAUUUGUGAUAUGGAAAUAGCUAGUUUGAAGCAAAUCACCAAAUGUGGUCAAAAUAGAAUCAUGUAUAUAUGCCAGCUAAAGCAUAAUAAUUUUGUACAAGAUAUUUCAAGUGAUUAUACAAUGCUCCACCUGUACAUAUAUAGGCCUAUGUUGUCCUUGUUUUAUGAGUUUGAGUUUCUGUCGUGCGCCGUGUAUUGCGGAUAGACGUGCAAAUUCAUCAAAUUUAGCAUAAAGGUUUGCCAAACGUAUAGGUUAUUUAAAAAAAAUUGAAUGUGGAAUAUAAGUGGGACGGGACACAUGAUCAAAGCAAGAUCUCUUACCUGCUUGUGAGUGUCAGUCUGUCACAAAUAUUGAACGAGCAACGAUGAUGAAGUUUUGACACAUGAAAAGUUAAUUGGAAUAUCGGCCACUUCGUGCAGAUCUCGCACUAGCUAACAUCGCAUAGUCUGGAUCAAACGAGGACGAGAGUGCAUCAGAGUUGACAGUCAUGCGAUCUUCGUUAGCUGUUCUUGAUCGGCUUUGCCAACACUAUCAUGUAUUCUAUUUAAGUUAAAACACGGUUCGAACACUCAUCAAACCUCAAGUUAUUUUGCUGAAUGUUGACUUGGAGCUAAUAUACGAAUAUAUAUUGUUACGAUACGAAUAUGUAUUGUUACGUUUCAACGCUCUUUCGUCAUAUAGCUAAUAGGAAUAUAUUUCAAGUUGUCCGUAGAAAUAAUCUCUUUUAUAAUAGUAUUAGUUUUAGUAAAAAAUAGACAAUAUCUUAAUUAUAAGAGGGAUAUGAAAUGCACAAGUAAUUAUGUACUUUUACUAAUAUAUGCAUUAAUGUACGUCUGUUAAGCGAUUAGAAUCACCAUGACAGUAUCAUUAUCAAGAAUUGAUUGUUCCUUUUUGGAACAACCAAGUAUAUUCCCUUCAAUAACUGUUACUUAGCAUCAACUGUUGGUAAUGGUUAAGGAAAGUGGUUAAGUAACUGUUGUUAUAUACAACUAGAUAGCUAGCUAUACAUUGUUUACUCGUCUUUUGCUAAGUCAGUAAGUGAUCAAUGUAUGAGGCCUAAUCCCACUUUAAACAUUCACGAACGCGUAUGUCAACCGGGAUUGGGUUUGCUGUUAUUCAUAUAAUCGCAGUUUUAAUAACACCCACGUAUAGCAAGUCCUCCAUACAAUGCAAUAUUGCAAUAUCAUGUCCAGCGGCAACAACAGCAUGCGUUGACCUGUCUGGUGUUUAGAAUCGCAUAAUUAAUAAAAAAGGAAACUUUAACUUUUAUAUGUACUAAAGUUUAAUCUGCGUUAUUCCAUUUAACGGCCAAUUUAAGCAAGCUUAUAAAAACCACUAUCCUCAUCCUAUAUUACGUACUUUGCUUAUGAACAUGAUUACGUAACACAUUUCCUAUUCCCUGCGAGAAUUAUUUAGAACUGACUGUGAUAAACCAGAGAGUUUGAACUUCAAUAUUUCUGCAUGCAUACAUGGAGUUCGAUUUGAUUUAUAUUGGCAUUAUAUAUAUAUAUAUAUAUAUAUAUAUAUAUAUAUAUAUAUAUAUAUAUAUAUAUAUAUAUAUAUCGAUGAUGUCGUACUUAAAAUAUAUAUAUUAUAUUAUAUAUACAUUUACGUUUGAUCUAGAUCUCUAGCCUUAUGCUUCGCGGGCAUAUGCUCAUGCUUUCGUGGUGGCAAUUAGAGAAGGCUUAAAUGUAAUUUUUCUAACUCGUUGCCAAUUCCAUGCAACUACUUGUUAUACAUUGGCAACCAAAAUAGAAUAAAAAUACUGUAUAUGGAAACGGCAACCAAGUUUAUUAAUUAAUAUAAUUUCGCUGCAUGCCUUUAUUUAGAUUCGCUAAAUUGUCUAUAUCAACUUCCUUUUACAUUAGUUUGCAGCAUUUGCCUAUAAAACAGUGGUUAGAUAUUUGUUUAGUUACGUUUCUCAACUGAGGGCGUAUCGUGGGCAUCGCAGCAAAAUGCAACUCAUGAUUUUAUGUACUCGUAUGACUCUGCAUAUAUGUAUAUGUUAUGUAACCUUCUCGAAGUUGAACUGUAUUGUCCGGUGGACUUGAGUGACCGGACCCAUGCAUGCAACUCAAAACAAGAACUUUUUAUCGUCCUGCCAGUUGUGUCUCCAUGAUGAUAUGGAUUUCUACAGGAUAUCCCAUACAAAACACUUGUUCAGUAGCAACAAGCUUUUCCGUCUUAUAAUGAGAAUGAUGUCGUACUUAAAACGCUUAUCUGGCUAUUUGUAUAGAAAGCGAACAUGGAUUUGUUAUGCUAUGUAUACCUUGCUUAAUACUGGAUCAUAUGUAUACCUUGCUUAAUACUGAAUAACCACCCAAAAUUUAAAGCAAUUUUGCUUAUAGCGUCCAUUCAUUGGGAAGCAUUUUCAAAGCAGUGCCAUUUAUAAUCUAUUUUUAGUAUAUCACAUUUGUGAUUGACAACGUUUUAGUUUUUUUUUAUCAAUUUUCAUUCUGCUUCUAACCUUGCCCCUGGAACCGUUUUCCAUAUUUUGACCUUCUUGAGUUCUGAGAUGAUAAAUUUUGUUGUGCGUUAACACUAUGUCUAUGUUUAUAGUAUAUAUUUUAUUAUGGUGUGUUUAAAUCAGGCCGAAUAUUCGUCGACAAAUUUUUUCUAUUUGAAUAUUUCUACCUGCAUGGAAUAGAACUCAAGGACUGUCCUCUCCUUUAUCGACUGUCACUAUGAACUAGACGCAAUAUAAUAAUUAGUUAACCUUCUAAGGGGGAGGUGGUCCCAGCUAAGUAUUGUACUCUGAUCGUAUUGUACCACCCAGGGGCAAGGACCAGUUGUAUACGAAGGCCGGAUAGCACUAUCCAGCGAAUAGUGAUUUUUUCACACUAUAGGAAGAAAAUGAAUGUAAAUUCAGUGGUGUCGGGGAAAUGCUAGAAAGCAGGUGUUUUUAUUGAAAGUACACAAAGGUGACAUUCAUAAAUGUUAUUAUACCUGCAAGGUUAAUUCAGCAACUGUUAUCAUUCCAUGCCAAGCAUUCUUACUUCAUUUUUUUCGCCGUUAUUUUACCACAUCGAAGACAAUACAGUAUAUUGGUUAUAAUGAUUAAUAAUGAAAGAUCAUUAACGUCGUAAUAGUCUGUAAUUAAACAACAACGUUUACUGGGAAGCUUUUUUGAGCUACCGUUCAGUUUUGAUUUAAUAAAUAUUUAAUGAUAUAGUUUGCCCUAAGAGCAUGCAUAUAAUGCUCAUCUAGAGGGCUUACUAUUACAAAUUUACAACGAUAUACAUAAAACAGACACUCAACGAUUUUUACAAAUACGAUAUACAUUAUUAAACUAGCAUUUGCAAAUCAGUUCAUUAUAAAUAGAUAGAAUAAUAAUUGGUCAUCAAGGCUCUACAAGAGCAAAUCGACCACUUAGCAAAAAUACAGUGUACGCAUAAAAGUAGUGCUUAAAUAAGCAUUAUGCCAAUAUAUUGAAGAGUCACGGACCUUCCUUCAAUUUUAAGGACAUCAUCGUCGGGUUUCAAACAAAUAUUUAUUCGGACGAGUAAAAUUUUUUAAGUUCAAACUCAAUAGCUAUUUUCCUUAAUCAAGGAAAUGGAAUUUAGCAAAAAUACAGUGUACGUAUAAAAGUAGCGCUUAAAUAAGCAUUAUGCCAAUAUAUUUAAGGACCUUCUUUCAGUGCCGGCUUACACAUUCUAUUAGCAAACACAUGCUUGAGCCUUUGCCUUUCCCCCGCCUCGAUAAUGCAUGUGCACAAACAAACGAAUUUAUUUGUCAUGAUAUUUUGCCUGUUCAGUCAAAUUCCACUUACAUGUACCUGGCUAAAAAGAACAAUGAAUGAAGUGACCCAAACUGCACUCAACUAUAAACUAUUCUUUGUCCCCCUAGCUUAACAAUGAGGAAACAUGAGUAGCGGCAGAGAAUGAAAAUGGAGUCACUGGAAAACACGACAGCAUAAUUUUUAUCAGACAAAUAUAUUUAGCAGGAAUAGAAUUUAUACGAUCACGUGUUUUUUUAUUUUUGAUACAGUAUAAAAAUAGAGUAGAAAAAAUCCGGUUUUAAAAUGUGAAUAUUGGUCUUUUCACUUUUUCAGGGAUUACGUUGGGUGCGCAUUUGCUUAUGAUCCUUGUAACUGGAAUUCUACUUGCUGCAGGAUAUGAUGUCAUACCGAUCAAUUUUUCCACUCUGCCACUCGAGCUGAAAGACGACUCGACCAAACUUCGAACAGAUGCUUGGCGUUACGUUAAAGACGAUGGUGCUGUCAUAAAACUUAAUGGUAACCAGCAACUACGGGGUAUGGAGUAUCAGCCACUUGUAUAUAUCUACGAAAAGAAUGGUGGAAAUGUGUUUACACAAGAACAUUUACUCGAUUUACAAAAUUUUGAAAAUGAACUUUUCAUGGACAGUGUAUACCAAACAAGACUCUGCCAACUGGAUUAUUCUGUUAAUUCUACGAAUUAUACUACUUCCACUUGUAAGAAGCCUUUGUCUAUUCUGCGAUUUUUUGAUGGUUCUUAUAAGAAUAUUAGCGCAGAUCUUUACGAUCCAAAAUUCGAAAACAUUCCUAAGGUUCUCCAUGCUGCGCAAUCAGUAAACGUAAGUAGGGCUAUAUUGACAUUCCACCUUGGCAAGGACGCCGUUAUUAACCAGAACGUGGCAGAAUCUGAAGUAACCCGAACACUGAUGUACACCGGCUGGCCAAUUGAAGGUUAUAACAGUACAGAUGACCGCGAUGAUGAUCAAAGAGACGAAAUGGACAAACGAAUUGUUGAUGCAUUCGCUGAAAAAUUGGAGGACACUUUUAAAGAUGGUGUUGGUAGUUUAGACUUUGUAUAUAAUAAUAAUGCACUGUUCACAGAUGCUACGAUAAAGCAAGUUAUCCUUGAUAUGUUGUUAGCUGUGGCUAGUUUCAUAUUUAUAUUCCUUUUCAUGUGGUUCCAAACCGGUUCCAUUUGGAUCACCUCGUGGGGCAUAUUCAGUGUCAUUUCAAGUUUCAAUAUCGCAAAUCUCGUAUACAGGGUUGUGUUUGAUUACAGAUACUUUGGAAUUUUCCACGUUUUGUCUAUAUUUAUUAUCCUUGGCAUUGGUUCAGAUAAUAUUUUUGUGUUUAUGGACUCGUGGAAGCAAUCACACCACAAGACGCAUAAGAAUAUGGCGAUGCGUUUAACAACAGUGUACAAACGAGCCGCGAAAGCGACACUUAUCACUUCAUUCACAACAAUGAUGGCUUUUCUAUCAAACGUACAGUCACCGUUACUGGCAAUUUCUUCAUUUGGUUUAUUCUCAGGUAUUCUUAUUGUCGUCAACUAUUUGUCAGUUAUCUUGUUCUUCCCAACUGUAAUAAUGAUGCACGACCGUGACCGAGACGGCAAUUGCUGCUGCUGGCCAAUGUGUACAAGAAAAUCUAACCAAAGCCAAAGCUCAGAUAUUCUUCCCCACGAGAAUUCAAGCAAGUCCGUGUCGCAACACGUCAUUCAUUUCUUUGAAGAACCGUUUUUCAAAUACGUUAUUACUCACAAAAUUACUCGUUGGGUUGUGGUUGUUUGCUUUACGGUGCUGCUAAUCGUGUCGGUUACAUUUGCCACACAAUUAGAACCUGACACUGAACAGGUGAGUUUUUAAGGUUGGAAACUUAUACAAUAGCUUCCCAUUUUUUGAGUGAAAGUUGAACAGUAUAUUUUGAUACACUUCAAUCUGAAGAAGAAAUGCCAUUUGAGGGUUUGGAAUAUCCAAAAAUGUGUUUCAUAAUCUUCGUUAAUUUAAAUUUUCUUGUGUAAUCACCAUGCAUAUACUAAAUAAUUUGACUAAUUACCGAAAAUGCGAAUUCGUUCGUAACCGCGGUCACCUUUCGUCUACAAUAAUUUACUAUAAAAUAUCAACGUACAAUGCCCGAGCGCUACAUAUAUAAUAUAUUAAGAUACUCAUAAGAAAUCGGUAAUAUAAAUAAUGGAUUUUUAUACCUAAUUUACUCCAAUUCGAAUACCGAAAAAAAUCUGAUUUUCUUUUUUAUUCCUAAUUUCUACAGAUCUUUUUCCCAGGCAAAUUUAUAUUAAUGUCUCUACACAGUAAUGUGUUAUUCUAAUAUUCUAUCAUAAACAACUAGAUAAACCCGUGGUCAGAUGACACGAACUGGGGCCGUGCAAGAUCGCUGUCAAAAGAUGCAUUCCGUCCAAGUCAGGAAGACAAAGUGAUCGUCGUACAUAUUGUUUGGGGAUUAAACGACCAAGAUCGGAGUGAUUGUCAUCACACGGACUUUGAAUGUAAAGGAAAAACUGUGUUUGAUAAGAGCUUUGAUCUCAAUCCUCCGCCUUGUCAAAAUGCCAUCCUGGUUAGUAAUACAGAUAAUAAAUUAUACACCUUUAAUUCGCGUUUGAAUAUCUGGUGGGAUUUUAGUUAUUCACAUAUUUUCUUAAAUAUUAUUAAAUUUCAUUGUAUUACCACCCGUCGUCGUCACGUUGCCCUUUUCCUAAUCCUAACCUCAUUGUAUGCAAUGCAUGAGAUGUUAAAACAUCGUCACAAUCCAUGGCCAGUGUCAUAAUUUAUUACGUGAUCGCCAAUGAUAAUGCAUUAUCAUGAGCGAUUAUCAAUCAUCGAUCAAUCAACAAUCAUUUUCUUCAUUCAUCAGGAUCCAUCUUUCAUUCUUACCGCCCAUCUAACUGCGCCAUCAUUCAUUAUUAUCAUCAUCAAUCAACAUUGCCAACCUCCAUCGACCAAUUGUAAGUAAUAAUUUAUAUGCCUUUAUUGAAAUUAGAAUUUGUGCAAGAAAUUCAAAAACCUUCCUGCUGAGCAAGAGGAUAAGUUGAAACUUAGAAGAAGUCAGGUCACGGGUGAAAUUGAAAUGGAAUGCAUUUUCGAACGGAUGGAAGAAUAUCUUGUGGUUAGUAAUAUAUAGAGAAUUUUAUACAACAUUGUGGCAUACACCCUUUCGAUAUUACGUCACGCAUAUUCCUCGGUCUUGGAGCCUCGCUCUCAUAAGUAAAUUACGCAAGGAGGUUGGCUCGAUUCACGAGAGCGAGGCUCCCAGACCAAAUGACGUAAUUAUCGAAAGGGCGUAUAGAGACUCAUCCCUGCAAUACAUUAACGUACACAUAUGUAUGUAAAAUGUAACAAUCAAUGCAUUAUCGAUAUUCAAUUCAAUUUAUUUUUGCACAUUGCAUGAUUAUUUUAUACUUGAAAUUUAGUUAUUUUUACAAAUUAUAGACAAGUUACUAUAUUAAAGGAGUGUGCACAGUAGCCAAAGUAGCAUUAGCUUUCGAAAGAUAUAUACUUGUGUUCACUAUGCAAAUUUUAAUACCAGAUUGCAGUGUAUAUUUGUUCUCAUACAUUCUAAAAACUUCAUUUUUUAUACCCAGAGGCGUCUGCUAAAAUAUUUAUUUAAAAUAUUUUUUAAUUAACAUAUUAAACUGCUUUUCGUUUUUAUUUUAAAUAAUUAUGUGUACGCUUUGUUCAUCGAGUGUGCAAAAAACCACCAGAUUUGAGACGACGAAUGAAAUGAUUCCGCUCUCGGUGUCAAGCAGCUUUUUAAAGAAAUCGUUAAAACAAAUUUGUACUUGACGUUGGCUUAAUAUUUCUUGUGGACUAAGUAAUUGAACGACAACUUUUAUAUACUGGGAAAAUUGUAGAUUUUUUUCGAGCUACCUCCUCAAUUUUAAGAGCGCAUUGUUCGGUUUCAAACAACUACUUUUUUUAAGACCAAAUUUUUUUCAAAGUUUAAUCUCUAGUCAUUUUAGUUAAAUCAAGAAAACGGAAAUUAGCAAAAGUACAUGGAUAUAUAUAAAAAUAGACUGAGUGUAUAAAUAAAAACAUAAAAACAUUCAAUAACAAUACUGAAUUGUCAUGCAGUGUAGCAAGUUUUUAGUUUGACUUUAAAUUUUGUUGAUAUAUUUGACGCUUUUUUAUCUUGUUAGGGGGAAAACAACAAAACACAAUACCCAAAUGGAUCCGACUUCCGUUUUCCCAUCAACCCUGCAAAAAUGACAACGCUAAUGGAAUCCAACCCACGUACAUUCAACAUCUCUAUCGACUCUUUGCCUCCUACCUAUUACAGAUUCUUUGAAGUUGGUUUAGGUUAUUUUAUAACGGAUGGAGGUUCACCAGACUUUGCAUCUACCUAUGAUUUUGAAAAAUAUCAGGAUAUGUUUGGAGGACAAAUUGAUCCCAGUUCUAUUACAAACGAUGCAAGUAUAAAAGGUACAACCAUGGUUCAUGUUUCAUAAUUUCUCUACAAAAUGUUUUCGAAUAAAAUAUACAGUUUUAUGCUCUGAAAUUAUGUAGAACGAAAUACAUCAAUUCAAUUGUACUCUCUGAAUAUAUUUAACCUUCAUUAUUCCGUUUGAAACGUUCUUUUUUGUUUUCUAAUUUACGCAUUGUGGAGUUGUGCUACUGUUAAAGCUAUUUAGAAUUUCAUGUCGAAAAAUAGCACUCUCUUGAAAAGCAAACCUCAUUCAAUACUAUAAACUCCAUCCAAUAUCUCAAAUCAAUGACUUUAAUUACUGCCAUUUGCAUGGCAUUGCCAUUUGUAAGGCAUAUCACCUGGAAUCUUUUCUUUUGUGAUCAUGAACAACAAUCUUCGGUCUUUUCUUGUAUUUUUGUUAAAAUGACGAUGUGCAAUAUAUUAUUUAUUUUAUAGGCGACAAGUUCGGUAAUCGCCUGUUGUAUGUUGCCAUAGCCUUGAAUACAUCAUUAAAUCCCAUUACACUGGGAUAUGAGGAGGGCUUGCCGAUCCAUGAUAACUGGGAAGAAUUUAUCCAGAAUGAGGUAAGUCUAGUCUUCCCAAUAUUUCAUAAUUGUUAAUUUCUAAGCACGUAUAUUAGGGAAUGCAUGAUUGUACAUCCCGAAGAUAGCCAAAUCACAGGGGGCUGAACUACAAGUGCAAAAUAAUCAAAAUAAUAACCUGACAUUAAAAGAUACUGUGUGCAUAAAUUCUUCGCAAGAAUGUCAACAGAGAAAGAGCAAAAAAUAUUAUCUUUAUCAAGUACUAUAGAAUCCUGAACAGAUAAGUAAUGGGGAGCGUAUGAGGUAAUAGUAUCUUUAGUAAUAGACAAUUAAUAAUAGAAGGGAUAUGAAACACCGUUUAGCCUAUCCAUUCGGAGAUUUCCGAUCGCAGUUCAGAAACGCAUCGCAAAGAACAAUUUAUAGAACAGUUUCUGAUUACUUACAUUUUUAAAAACUUAAAACUUAAUAUUGAAACUAUAGUCUAUACCGGCACCAACAAAUCAGCGCUAUUUCUAAAAUCUGAAUGCAAAUCCUAGCAUCUCACGAGUGUCGUACUUCUUCCGACUAGAUAUAAGCUACUCUUCGUAGACAUAUCGCGAAAAUUGCGAAGAAAGCCAGCUGUUAAAAUCUAAGAGAAUGCUAAAUACGUUGUAAAAUUAUCAAAUUAUGUCGAAACGGUUAAAUUAGAAGCGUUUUAAAAAAUCACGUGAUCGGUGUUUCGUCCAUUACGUACUUUAGUCUUUAUCUGUUAUUGCUAUUACCUCGCGGCGCCCGCAUUACUUACCUUGUUGAAGAUUUUGUAGUACUUCAUAUAGAUAUUUUUUAUCUUUCUCUAUUCAUAAUACAUUCAUCGAUGUUGUUGCGAAGAAUUUAUGCAAAUCUUUUAAUGUUCAUUAUUUUGAUUAUUUUACACCUGUUACUGACAGUAGUUGAUCUCCCUUUGGACAAUCCUGAGCUGAUAACUCGUUUCUUUCAUGUCCUAAAAUUCUUUCAGGAAUGAAAAAGUAUUAUCAGUAAUUAAUUAAACCUUCUCUUCAUUUAACGUUAAUAUAAACGUUCUUCCUGCCGAAUGCUGCAUGGCGUAAAUGUGAAUUUCUUGAAGUUUAAUCAUUCAUUUAAAAGGUGGAGCAUUGUAUAAGUUUCAGAAAGAUUUUGGAAGUUUAGGAUUACGAGUUUUGAUUUACGCAAAUAAGGGUGGCGUACUCUAUGUUUUUAAGCGAGUCAAUGUGAGGUCUGAGAAAGGAGAGAAUAACUUUUUUAUUGUAUACAAUCACAUGCAGUUCUAGCUUUGUUGUACAAACAGUUACUCUUGUUAGAAAACAUUUCAAAUCGCUACAAGGGCACAUUUGGAUAAUUGCAGGCAAAAGCCCAUAGGAAUUACGUCAUUGCCUUUACCCCAAGGAAAACAGUUUCUUUGCACGUUUUAGUCCAGUAAACCAGUUCAUAUAAGUUGAUCAUUAUGCACAACACGGACAGCGAUUGAUCUAUUAUGAUUAUAUAACAGAAGAAUUCAUAAUCCUUUACCAGCAGACAAUUUCGUAAAAUAUAAGAUGAAACAUACUCCGAAUUUUAACAUGUUGUGAAAAAUUCAUUACUACUAAUUUUAUUAAUUUCUUUUCCUCAGAUGAAUGACAUGCCGUCGUCGUGUAACAAUGGUUUCCAGGCAACGGUCACGAUACAAAAUGAGUGGCAAUGGUUAAAGGUGCAAGAGGUAGGUGUUGAACAAUCAGAUACUAUAUGUUGGUUGAUCGAUGUGCUGAUUGAUUGAGAGCUAUUGAAUCUAUCCGUAAAUAAAUUAACUGUCCAAUGAAAUGAUUUAUCUGACUAAAUAAAUUAAUCGAUUAAUUUAUUAGCCAAAUAUAGACCAAACGGCCAAUCACCCAGUCAUUCAUAAUGAAUCAUUUGAUUGGUCGAAAAUGAUUCAAUGGUUCCCUUAGCUUUGUAGCAUGAGUGGUGGCCAGAAUUCGAAUGUUGACUUUUUGUGCCAAAAAAGGAAAUUUUGAAUUGUAAGCUAUCUAUAUAUUCUUGAAAUCUUGCAUUCUGACAUGAGAUCCAAAAAGCCCAUAAUUGAUAAAAAGCCCUUUUUUCGUUAUUCCAGACAUUGCACUCCUACAUUCCUUCCCGGAUUUCAACUUUUCACUAAAAACAAUUCUGGGAAUCAUUGGAGGUGACGAGGCAGCAACACUCCCUCCCUUACGAUCGCUUCAAACACGCGACUACAGAUUCAAUAGACAUACUGCCGGCUUUAAUACAAUGUUCAUUCCGUUAGCAUACGGUGUAUAACCCUUCGAGUAUACCUUCGGCCAAUCCGAAUUGAGGAAUAUUUACUUUUACUUUAAGGCAUUGCAGUAUAUUUUAAAUGAAUGCAAAUUUAACGGUAUUUUGAUUUAUCUCUUCCUCCAGAUUUUAGUCAACAGUGCAAUAUCCGGAAUCGGUACUGGUUUAGCGCUUGCAUUGAUUGUGCUUACGCUAGCCACAACAAACGUCAUCGUUGGUGUCAUGGCAACUAUAUCAAUCGCUAUGGUAACAGCCGGUGUUCUUGGACUAAUCCCAAUCCUUGGCUGGCAUCUUGGAGUAUUUGAAUCUCUUAAUCUCACACUUGUUGUCGGUCUUGCGGUAGAUUAUGUCGUGCAUUUGGCUGACGGAUAUAUGGAACUUGAAGGUGAAGACAGAGUUACCAGGGUGAAGUACACAUUGGGUCAUGUGGGAAUAUCCGUCUUCUCUGGUGCCUGUACCACACUAGGAUCAUCAAUCUUCAUGUUGGCAGCAAAAAUUAUCUUCUUUCGACAGUUUGGUAUUUUUAUCUUCUGUACCAUUGGCCUGUCAAUUCUAUAUUCCCUAAUCCUCUUCACUACAGUUCUGGCUAUGAUCGGCCCGGAGGGUGAGUUUGGCUCACUUCUACCACUAUGGCGAAUGAUUAAAAAUUACAUUCGUGGUUACAAAUCCAAAAAGCACAUGGACUGCAAAACCUGCAAGGGAAAAGGAUAUCACAAAAUUGCUUUAAAUGAACAGAACACGUCCCUGUAAAUAAUGUAGUAUAAAGUAUUGGUGUAUAAUAGACCAAAAUAAAUUAUUUACGUGAAAGGCAUAGCAUUUCACAACGUUUACUCAAACGCAGGUAAUACUUCUCUGCAAAUAUGGAAUGAGAGUUUUUAGCUUAAAUAGUCCAGAACAUCAUCACAGAUAUAGUAAGACAAAUUACUAUUCCAUAGGCUACUAAACGAUCUGAGAAUGGGACUAAUACCGCAAUUAACCUGCAUGCACUUUGUUUGCAUGGAUUAAUGUUGUCUAGCUUAUCUUCAUAUUUUGUAGCUUUCUAAUGCUAACUUAUAGGUAGAACCAGUAUACGUUAUCAAUUUGAAAUUAUUGCAUGAACACAUUUGAGAAGCACACAAAACUGUAUAGUAUGGCUAAAUUAAAUAGCUAAAAUACUAUAUUAUAAAUACUGUAAAACUAUUUUUUCUGUGUUGAUGUAGUGUACUCAGGUGAAUAUGAUAUUUGUGGUGUUACUCUGAGUGAAUAACCACACCGGGCGAGCUUGAAAAAUAUGCCCGGCCACGGUGGGAUUCGAACCUACGACCUUUGGAAUACUAGCCCAAUGCUCUUCCAACUGAGCUACGCGGUCAGGACGGUUCGAGUAUGUGAUAUUUCGGAACAGAAUCUAGUUCCUUCAAUACCAAUGUUUUCUAGUAAUAUGAAUUUUUUCUGUGUUGGUGUAGUGUACUCAGGUGAAUAUGAUAUUUGUGGUGUUACUCUGAGUGUAUAUCCACACCGGGCGAGCUUGAAAAAUAUGCCCGGCCACGGUGGGAUUCGAACCUACGACCUUUGGAAUGAAUAUGAUAUUAUCAUAUUCACCUGAGUACACUACAUCAACACAGAAAAAAUUCAUAUUACUAGAAAAAACAUUGGUAUUGAAGGAACUAGAUUCUGUUCCGAAAUAUUGCAUACUCGAACCGUCCUGACCGCUUAGCUUAGUUGGAAGAGCAUUGGGCUAGUAUUCCAAAGGUCGUAGGUUCGAAUCCCACCGUGGCCGGGCAUAUUUUUCAAGCUCGCCCGGUGUGGAUAUACACUCAGAGUAACACCACAAAUAUCAUACUGUAAAACUGAUAUACUAUGCAUUAGUCUAUCCAUACUUGAUUUACGGCAACCUAACACGGGGUAAUACUUACAAAAACAGAAUUCAAAAAAAUAAUGAAUAUACAAAAAAAAUAGUGCAUUUAAUGGCAUUCAAAUCUUACUUUGAUCACAGCAUGGAUUGUAAAAUACCUGGAUAGGAAACUUCCUAACGUCAUUAACUUCAUCCUUGUUGAAAAACGUGACGUCACGGGUACUGCGAAGUUCUCGGCAUUUUUGUUGUUUUGCUAUAUUUUCCACUUUAAAAAGGUGAUCUUCAAGCGUAAACUGGUCAUAAAUUAUAUUUGUGGUGUUACCCUGAGUGCAUAUCCACACCGGGCGAGCCCGAAAAACAUGCCCGGCCACGGUGGGACUCGAACCUACGACCCCUGGAACACCAGCCCAAUGCUCCUCCAACUGAGCCACGCGGUCAGGACGGCUCGAGCAAGUGAUAUUUCUGAACAGAAUCUAGUUCCUUCGAUACAAAUGUAUUCUAGUAAUAUGAAUUUUUUCUGUGUUGGUGUAGUGUACUCAGGUGAAUAUGAUAUUUGUGGUGUUACUCUGAGUGCAUAUCCACACCGGGUGAGCCCGAAAAACAUUCCCAGCCACGCCCGGUGUGGAUAUGCACUCAGAGUAACACCACAAAUUUCAUAUUCACCUGAGUACACUACACCAACACAGAAAAAAUUCAUAUUUUAAAUUUACUAGAAUACAUUGGUAUCGAAGGAACUAGAUUCUGUUCCGAAAUAUCACUUGCUCGAGCCGUCCAGACCGCGUGGCUCAGUUGGAGGAGCAUUGGGCUGGUGUUCCAGGGGUCGUAGGUUGAGUCCCACCGUGGCCGGGCAUGUUUUUCGGGCUCGCCCGGUGUGGAUAUGCACUCAGAUUAACACCACAAAUAUCAUAUUCACCUGAGUACACUACACCAACAGAGAAAAAAAAUGGUCAUAAAUUGUUUUAAAAACAUGCCUAAGCCACGACAAAGUAUUCAAGGUAAAUGUUUUUCGUCUUUGUUUUGUAUUUUUUUUACAUUUGCAUGUAGGUAGGAAAUUAGCGUCACAAAAUUUAACGAAAUUUGCGAUGUAUUUUUCACUGUUUAUGUAUUUUUACUGCUUGAAAUAUUUGCUAAAAUUGACUGGAAAUACUUAGAGUUUUCGCCGUAGAAUGGCGUGGUUAUAUUUAUUUGCUCGUUGAUUAAAAUGUUUAGCUGUAGCCUAUUAUUGCUAAACAUGCCGUUUUUGAGUAUUUUAUUUGCAACUAGGUUUCAACAUCCAACCACGCCAUCAGGCUAUUGAAAACAUUAGGUCACGUAGGCUAGUUUCCUAUCCAUUUAUUUUAUUAUCCAUGAUCACAGUGAGCCAAUUUUCAAAGAUUUAAAUAUCCUCAGCAUCUUCAAAAUCAACGACUAUUUAACUGCUUUAUUUAUGUUUCGAUACCACCGUCUUAAUAAUUUACUAGAACUUUUUAAAGAUUAUUUUGUGACAAACAACCAAAUUCAUCAAUAUAUAACACGAGAAAUGCAUCAAAACUUCACAAAUGUUAUAAAAGAACAAAUUAUGUAACACACACUCUCAAAUAAUGGAGUUCACGUUUGGAAUUCAUUAGAAACAAAAUUUAUAGAUAAAAAUUUCUACAGCACGUUCAAAAAGCAAAUUAAACAACAUUUUUUACUAUACAAUGUAUAAGACAUGCUAUAAAACAUUCUGCUAUGUGACAAAAUUAAUAGUAUAUUGUAGUCUAAUUCUUAUAAGAACCCAAAUGCAUCUACAACAUUGCCACUGGUAUUCACUUCUACAAUAAGAACAAUAUUCUGAUUGACCGCUGUAAAUAAUUUAUUACAUAAUAUAAUACAAACUAGCAUAACUAGAGAUCUAAAUAAAAAGUCUACGAAGAUUUCUAGAAGGUCUCUAUCCCGCACUCUACAAUUUUUGUAAAUAUACUACACAUAAAUUUAUUGUACAUGGGAAAAAAUUUUAAAUAAAAAAAAAUAAUAAAAAAAAUAAAUAGAAUAGGUUUGUUGACUAGAUUUGAUAGUGCACCUGAGGAAUUCGUCAAAAACUAUACUGCAUGCAUGCAGUUACAGUAUCAAGUGCGCGGUUAUGUAUAGGUUAUUUUAAGGCAACGAGGGGAUAUGUGAUUUAUUCACCGAGGCGCGCAGCGCCGAGGUGAAUAAACACAUAUCCCCGAGGUGCCUCAAAAUAACGUACUUAUUUUUCACACUGCGAGGUCGCGUUAAUGAGUCAGAAAAGAAAUAAUUCUCAAUGCCAUAUUGCUUUUGCGAUGUUGUUUUUUCUCAUUUUUUGUGCUGCAAAGACAUUGCAGGUGAAUAUUAGAGGGGAUUAUUAAUUGCAGGUGAAUAUUAGAGGGGAUUAUUAAACGGAAAUUGAUUAGAGGAGAAUAAUGAAUAUAUUCCCCGACAAGAACAAAGGAAACCGAGCAGGGUGAAAAAUAAGUUAAAAAAUCUCACGAGUCGUCCUGUUUUCGCAAGUGCUCACGAGUAGGCUUGUUUUCUAUAAAAUACUAUGGAAAAACUAUAUUAUCGUAAUUUAUUUAGCUAUAUCACUUUGUAGUCUUUUUUAAAAGAAAUUACCCAUGCA